GGCUGAAAAAUAAUCGCACAGAAAUGGGAGUCAAAUCGUAUAAUAUCUCUGCUAUGAAAUACAAGUCCAGCAUCAGAAACAUAUCCCACACCCUAAACUUAAUAUCAGUCGGGAGGAACCACAGCGGCACCUAUUACUGUACAGGGUGGACGGAGAUACCAGUUCUUGGACCAAAGAUUUACGGAACAGGCACGGAGCUGAUAGUCGAGGAGUUGCCAUCGUCCUGUUCUGUCGACGCUAACGUCACUAUCCCUACGAGCCAGUAUACAUUAUUGAUGUCACUUUUAAGUUUUCUGUUGAUUACUGUCUCGAUUACAUCUGUCACAUGCAUAAUGUGCAAGGGUCGCCGUAGGACUCCAAACAAAACAAAACAUCCUAAACAAAUGUGUGACCUUGAGGCUGUCCAGACAGGUGUAGGCUUGCCUCUCUCCGUCUCAUCUGAUGUCCUGUAUGCUGCACUCACUCCUCCCAGAGCUCCAGAGACCAUCCGCACACACAUGAUUAGUCCAGAUCCAGCAAACACAGAUGUCUUGUACUCAACCAUUCAUAUAACACCAAAGAUUAUGGAACAGAUGGUAAUUCCAGACACACCUGAUGGUGUUUGAUCUGUUUCCUGGACUCUGAGAUAAAACAAAUUAUGAAAUGAUUCAUAAUGUUUCCACAGAAUGAGAAACUAAGAUUAAAACAACUGA